AUGCGCCACGACCCCCGCAUCCGCCAAAACAUCGACCAUUUCUCGACCUCGCUUGAGUCCGCCGUCGAAAAUGCGCGCACCGGCUGCUUCACCUUCACCAAGUCAUACCUCGAGCCUUGUUUCUCCUCCCUGAUAGAUUGCUGUACCACCUGCGUUCCGCAAGCAAAAACCCACCAUCACCACCACCACCACCAUCACCACCGCCACCGCGCGCCGCAGCGCAGCGAGUUUCCAUUCGCAUUCUACGACUAUGACGACUACGACAGCGACUCCGAUGAGCGUGCGUCGCGCGGGUUCCUAGCAUGGGGGACCGACGAGCUUGACCGCCUGCUGGCUGGGAGCGGGAGUCAAUCGCCGACGACGAGGAACGAGAGGAUGUUCUACGGCGCUGUGAACGAUGCGUCCGGUCCUAGCGGCCUGCUGAGGAAGAGCACGCACCCCGGCGGUGUGGGCCCGGACCCGACGGUGAUUCCUGGGACCAACAUGUUUGGGUUUCUUUCCUCGUUUGGGUUCCGCGGCAAGGGAAUGCGGUAUAAGCCGUCGGCGGCGAAUCUGCAGGAGCAUCCGCAGCGCAGCACGGCGGAUAUGACCUAUACGCGCGGCCAUGGGAGACAGAGGAGUGGGACGGAGUCGAGUUUGGCGAGUCAGGGCGAUAGUUUGAGGAGUCGCAUGGAUCUGUGGCCGAGUGAGGAUGAGGACGAUGCCGUCGUUAUCGGCGAUGAUGCGUUUCCGAGGAGUAGCGAUGGGGAGAGUACGCAUGCUAUGGGAUUGGGCAUUGGCACCGACGACGAUGACGGUGUGAGGUAUGAAGAUCUACUGAUAGAUGACGGGGAUGCACGGCGGCGGAUGUGGAGACACGCGAAACGACUCACCAUGCAACGGGGGCUGAGUUCAGAUAGCAUGGAAGAAAGCAAAGCCAGAAGCACCUAUAACCAAGGCUCCAGCAGUGCGCCACCCACAAUACUAGCCACCAGUCCUCCCGGCAGCAUCAGAUCCUAUGAAGCCAUGAGCAUCCAACAGCGAUCGUUAUCGCCACUGAGUGCGGGGGCACUGCGAAAAGAAAUGGAUAACGAGACGCCCAGGGCGCACCUGCAGAUGAGGCAGGUAUCAGCACCUUCACCCAUCCAUACCCCGUCGUCACCACGACCUCCAUCGGAAUGUGCCAGUGAUUCCACGCCGAGGGCUUCUGCGUCGGGGAUCUUGAUGGUUCCGCCGUCGCCGUCAUUUUCACAAGCGGAUCCUGAUGACGAAUAGGAUAUGGCAAGUGUUGAGUAAAGUUUUCUUUUCUUUUUGUUUUCUUUUCGGGAAUUUGUGGCGUAACGCAUCUCGUUUUUGUUUGUGUUGAUAUGGUUGGAUGGGAGUUGGAUGGGGUAUUUGCUUUGCUUUGCUUUCGUGGUAUUGAUAUAAAAGUGGGUUUACCAGAUCAGGUAAUGGGUGGGCAGGGACGGAGUGUAAAUUGGGUUAUUGGGAGGGUAUCCGGUCACAAAUGCGAUGGUCCUCUCACUUAUGUGCGAAUUUGAAGUGAUCGGUAAUGCGAGUGAUAGAUGCUGAAUUCUCAACCAGAACCCUAGUUCCCGUCUUGGAUGCAGCUGCUCUAUUCGCGCUCGGUUCAUGGUUAAGACGG